CUCACCCUCGCCCCGCCGGGCGCCAUGUUCCAGCCGGGGGCGACGGCGGCCAAGCGCUGCUUCACCAUCGAAUCCCUGGUGGGCAAGGACAACCACCCGCUGGCCGAGGAGCCCCUCCGGCCGCCCGUCUCCGCCGCCCUGGGCUACCCGGCCAGCGCCGCCGUCGAAGCCUUCGCUCACGGCUUCCAAGGCUCGGCCGCCGCCGGGCGCUCGCUCUAUGGCAGUCCGGAGCUGCUCUUCCCGGAGGCCGUGAGCCACCCGCCCGCCCUGGCUGUCCAUCCGCCGCAGCUCGGCGCCUCGCACCUCCCGCCCUCGCCGCACCCCUUCUUCGGCGCCCAGCCCCGCGACCCGCUCAACUUCUACCCCUGGGUGCUCCGCAACCGCUUCUUUGGGCAUCGCUUCCAAGGCGGCGAAGUGUCCCAGGAGAGUCUGCUAUUACAUGGCCCCUUUGCCAGGAAGCCCAAACGGAUCCGAACGGCCUUCUCGCCCUCGCAGCUCCUGAGACUUGAGCGUGCUUUUGAGAAGAACCACUACGUGGUAGGAGCAGAACGCAAACAACUGGCGAGUAGCCUCAGCCUCUCGGAGACCCAGGUGAAGGUCUGGUUUCAAAACAGGAGGACCAAAUACAAGAGACAGAAGUUGGAAGAGGAAGGGCCUGAGUCAGACCAGAAGAAGAAAGGUUCUCACCACAUCAACCGAUGGCGGAUUGCCACCAAGCAGUCAAACGGAGAAGACAUAGACGUCACAUCCAAUGACUAGAACGAGGUGGGAGGAGGCUGCUGGCAAACAGGUCACGGGGAGGACCAGGUGGGAAGGGGGGAAACCAACUCUGGAGAAUGAGUAAGGACAGAGCAGCCACCCACUGCCACUAGUGGGGUCUUCUCCAUGGGCCACGCGUGGGGGAAUGCACGGCCUAGGAACCAACACUUCCUGCCAGCUCUCCAGCCCAUGGGGCAGCCUGUGGGAACAGUGACGCACUUGGCCAAGAACAGUAGAGGUGGAAGAUUGUGUGGGCUCCAGGAAAUGAAGAGGGUUGCCUCUUGCCCCAGCACGAAGCCAUCCAUCAGCCAUAGGAGCAAAUAAACCUCUCAACAAAGACCCGCGCGGUACACGCUCCGCCUGUCUUUCCCAGGCUUUGGUUGGAUUUUUUUUAGUAACAAAAACAAACCCAUUUUCUUCUUUUUAAUUUAUUCUUUUGUGUCUCUGCAUUUGGUGUGUGCAU